UUUUCAAAAGUGUUUUCACAGACCAAACGAAUAAUGUAAUGAGUUUGUUUUGAAUUUGUGUUUGACAAAGUUAACAAGUGACUUAAGUGUGAAUUAUUUAGUGCUAAAUUUUAUUAUGUUUUGAUUUAACAAAAAAAACACCAUGCCGCUGUAUACAGAUCUUCCGAGUUUCGGGUAUUAUUACAGCGGUAAUAUUUCCCCCUAUUCGAAUCACUCGUCUUUGGGUGGAGGAUAUUCCCGAAAUCCAUACACCUUAAGUUCUUAUAGUGGCUAUUCGCGCGGUUAUUCUCCAUUGCUUUCUACUAUCAGUGAAAGUCGAGUUGGUGGUGUUUCGCGUAUAAAUUCACCUACGAAAAGAUUGCAUAUUUCAACACCGUCUUAUCGCGUUCCAAAACCUAUUCGGAUAAACACUGCAGAUAUUGAUGUAUCUGCUAAUAAAUAUAGACGCGAAAGACCAAUACCUCCGGCCCCUAUACCUGAAUCAUGCAUAGUUUAUGGUGUUAGUCCAACAAAAUCAUCUUCCACGCAGGAUGGACCGUAUAUGCCGCGUGCAGACCCGCACGAGGAUGAUGCUACCAAUAGGUCUACCAUUAAACGAGGGCGCACUGUCGUACGUUUGUCCACAGUGAGAUCACGUGGAUCGGGAUCAUCACAACAUGAUAAAAUUAAUUUGAAACGUGAGUUGGCCAAUGAUGAUGAAUGUAAAAGUGACAAAAGGAUUUGCAAAACACCCGGAGAAAAGUUAAUGGAAAAACAUUUAAUACGAGAUAGAAGUUCAGAUGAGCAGAAUUCUCCUAUUGUUGACGAAAACGAAGAACCUGAAGCUUUUCGAGGAAGGGCCCCAAGUUUUCAUGAUAUUUGUAAAGAUAUAUCAUCUGAUAAACUUUACGAUGAUUUAAAUGCCGGUGAAUUACGUAGAAUAGUUGAUAGACGAAAAUCCGAAGAUAAAACUGCAAUAAGCCCCAUAAUAGAAGUACCCGCAGAGAUCGUAGACGUUUUUAAUGAAGAUGGAACAUUUCGCCGAAGGACAACAUUGAAAAAGUUGCGUAAAUCUACCAAAGCUAUUUUUGUGGAAAUGCCGGAUUCUUCAUUCAUUGAUAACAAAGUUCCGUCAGAUCAAUUUGCAAAUACUGAAAAUAAGCAAAAAGAGCCAAAAUCGCCUAAAUUCACAGCAAGCGUUGAAGUUCAAAACUCUGGGCCAGCUCUCCGUGCUAUAGCUACAGAAGUGCAGGUCGAAUCUACAACUAUCAAACCAAAAAGAAAAUUCUUCUAUAAAAUUGUUGUUGAAGAUGUAAUAGAGUCAAAAAUUGAUUCUAAUAGUAAUAUAGAAUUAAAUGCUGAAGUGAAACUUAAUUCAAAAAUUAUAGCUGAAACGAAAAACAAAGAUUGUAAUGCAAAUACGCUCAUUCUCGAAAAUGUUAUGGAAAGUCCAGAGAAACCACUUUUUUAUAACAAAUCUUUGAAUACCUCGUCGAAAAAUUUACAUAGUCAAUUUAAAGAACCUCAAGCAAGUAAGAAAUUAUCAAAGAAAUUAAGUACACGUUCGAGCAAGUCUGGUAGUACUGCUGAUGAUUCAUACAAUUUUUGGGAUGUAAUCGGCAGCAGAGAAAGCGUUUAUUGUAACGCUAGGCGACAGAGAAUACUGGAAGAACAACGCAACAGAUUUUCUGAAGCAGAGGUCAUUGCUGAAAUUCCUGAUACACCUUCUGUAACGGAUUCUAUAAAAACAAGUGAUUUACUCGAUGUUUCGAAACCUGUGGCAAAUCCUGACCCUGUUAAAAAUUCCAAUGUAGCAAAAUCACUCAAGAAAAUGAAGCCAGCAAAUUUAGAUCUGAAGAUUCAACAAGUAAGUGAAAAAAAUAUUACUAAUGAUUUAAUAAAGUCUAUUGCGUCUCCUAAAAAAGAUAAAGAUGAAAAAACUUCAAUACAUUCUCCUGCUAAAAAGGACGCACCUUCUACUACUAAAAUAGAUGCAGUUACAUCAACUGCGAUAACUACGUCUACUAACUUGUCCGCAGUAAAACAGUCAAACGAAACCUUAUUGCAAAUAAAUAAACAGAAAGAACAAUUGGAAAAUGUUAAGAACAAGACUCCAGAAAUUACACCGCCAGUUACACCAAAAUCUCCAGUCCAACAACAUUUUAAAAAUAAGAUUUCUGAAAGUGUGACUUCAGUUGCACCAAAAUCGCCAACCUUGAAAAAUUUUAAAGAUAAGAUUCCUGAAGAUACUAUUCCAGUUCCACCAAAAUUACCAAUCCAGAAAAAUGUUAAAGAAAAUGUCCCUGAAGUUACAACGCCAGCUGCACCAAAAUUACUCAUUCAUAAAAAAAUGAAAGAUAAUAUUUCUGAGGAUGUUACGCCAGUUAUACCAAAAUCACCAAUGCAAAAGAAUCUUAAAAAUAAGACUCCUGAAGAAACAGCGCCAGUUAAACAAAAUUUUGAGAAGCAGCUAAGCAGCCAAAGCACCAAAAAGGCCGAUGAUUUUGAUUCAGAUAGAAAUAAAAUACCAGCUGUUGAAGAAGAAAACAAAAUUAAUUCAAAUGCACUGUCAGAUACGAAAGUAAUCAAUUUGGCUCCUAAAAAUGAAGAUACCAAAAAAUCGCCAGUAACAAAUGCGAAAAAUGAUGAAGUAUGCAGCCCGAGCAUCAAAAGUACUGAAAUUGUAAAUAAUACAAGCUCAAAACCAGUUGGCAAGAUUAAAGGACCUCCUGACUCCUCCAAACCAGCGGAUGCAAGCCCGGAAAAGAAUGUUUCACCUACUAAACGCAAAACAAAAAAAUACAUUAAAGCCAAGACCUCCGAUUUACGUAAUGCACCUGAUGUUAAGGACGAAUGCGAGUUAACCAAAGUGAUUGAACAAAAUAAUAAUACAAUUAGAAGGCAAAGUAGUGAAAAUGAUGCAUCUUUAUAUGUUAAAAUAGAACCAAAGGAUGGUCAUAAAACAGUUGUUGCCAAACCUAAACAAAAUAACAUAGUAAGUAAUAUUAAUAAUAACAAAUUGACGUCAGCUAAAGUGCUUGAUAAAUCAAAAACCAAAACAGAGAUUAACCAUAAAAUAGUUCCAACUAAAGUAAAUGAUAAAACGGACGAAACAGUGAAUAUUAGUGAAACAGAAUCAAGCGGUCCCGACAAAAUUAAAAAGGCUAAUAAAGUUUCAGUGAAAACUAAAUCUCGCAAAGAAAGUGACUCAAAUGAAACAAAAUUGAAUGUUCAAAGUCUUGACCAAUCCCAAAAUAAUGAAAUAAAAAUCGCAUCGGAUAAAAUAGUUAUUAAAGAAAAACCAUGUCAAGAAAAAUGUACAGAACCAGACUUGCGAAAAGAUACGGAGGUCAAACAACAAUCUCAAAAAUCUAAGAAAUCAUGUAAAUCUACUUCCAAAACAAAAAUAAUUGAAGAAGAUAAAACGAAUAAGAAAAUAGUAUCAAAUGUUAUAUCUAAUGAAGAAACUACAAAUGAGCCUGUUAAAGAAAAAGAAAAUUUACCACAAACUACAGAUAAUGAGAAAAAAUCUUCUAAUUUAUCUGGAAGGCAGUCUCUAAAAUCCUUUACAGAACGAGUGACAGAAAAAGUAAGAAAUCCAUCUCUUCACAGAAUGCCUAAUAUACCAGACGAGCCCAAGCUCAAACCUACGCUAAUAUCAAUGAACACAUCAUCGGAUCUGACAUCAAUAGCAGCUAAUGAGUCUGAUGCACCUCUGAAAAAUAGAUUUAAAUUAAAACCAAAGGAUGAACCAGCAACAAAGCCCUUGAUAGCAACACCGAGACCACUUCAAGCUGUAAUUAGGAAUCGAAAAGCUCAACAAUUGCAUCAAAGCAUCGAUUCCAGCGAUACCUCGGACAGUGAUUGGACCGAUUCAUCCGAAGAAGACUCGGAAGAUGAAUAUUUUGAAUGUGGCAGCCCACUUAAUAACAAUGUGCCAUCCAUGGAUAGUUUGAUAACCACGGAACCUUCAUAUGCCUACGAGCAAUUUCUCAAAACUUCACGCAUAAUACCCCCUGCCACAAAAAUUCCCAGGUUUAGAAAAUAUUGUUUGGAUGACUUCAAUUUUUUGAAAGUUUUAGGAAAAGGUAGCUUUGGAAAGGUUCUAUUAGCAGAAUUAAAAAAUACUGAAUAUUACUACGCUGUAAAAUGUUUGAACAAAAACAUAGUUCUGGAAGACGAUGAUGUCGAAUGCACAUUGAUUGAACGGAAAGUUUUGGCUCUAGGAACUAAACAUCCUUACUUAUGUCAUUUAUUUUGUACAUUCCAAACAGAUUCUCAUUUAUUCUUUGUGAUGGAAUAUUUGAAUGGAGGAGAUUUGAUGUUCCAUAUUCAACACAGUGGACGCUUUCCAGAACCAAGGGCGUCCUUUUAUGCAGCCGAGAUCGUGUCUGGAUUAAGGUUUCUCCAUAAAAAAGGAAUAGUAUAUAGGGACCUAAAGUUGGACAAUAUUCUUCUGGACUUUGAUGGACAUGUACGGAUUGCAGAUUUUGGAAUGUGCAAGCUGCAGAUAUAUUUAGACAAGACCGCAGACACAUUCUGUGGGACUCCGGAUUACAUGGCACCAGAAAUUAUCAAAGGCUUACGCUACAACCAAUCUGUGGACUGGUGGUCAUUUGGAGUCUUACUAUAUGAAAUGUUGAUAGGACAAUCGCCUUUUAGUGGCUGUGAUGAAGACGAACUUUUCUGGUCAAUAUGCAAUGAAAUUCCAUACUAUCCAAGGCAUCUUUCAAAUGAAGCCCUUGAAAUUCUGACAAGGUUUUUAAACAAAGAUGCAGAAUUACGGCUUGGUAGUAAAACUUGUCCUUAUGGGGAUGUUAUGGAUCAGCCAUUUUUCCAAUAUAUUAAUUGGGAUCGACUGGAGAGAAGGCAACUGGAACCACCUUUCAAACCCAGAGUGAUGCACCCAUUAGAUACUCAGUAUUUUGAUAAAGCUUUCACUGGAGAAGUAGCUCGUUUAACUCCUAUUGACGAAGUUGUGAUGAGAGGUAUGGAUCAAGAAAGAUUUCAUGGAUUUAGUUACACAAAUCCCAACGCUACAGACUGAACUAUCUAAUCCCAUACAUAAUUUAAUUGGCCAUAUUGGCUUAUGAGUUAAUAUUUUAUACUUUAUACAUAGGAACAAUUUUUA